AUGGCAACCAAAAGGAGCGUCGGUACUCUCAAGGAGGCUGAUUUGAAGGGAAAGAGGGUGUUUGUGAGGGUCGAUCUCAAUGUUCCUUUGGAUGACAACUUCAACAUCACCGAUGACACCAGAAUCCGUGCCGCUGUGCCUACCAUUAAGUAUUUGCUUGGCAAUGGUGCUAGGGUCAUCCUCUCCAGCCAUUUGGGACGUCCAAAGGGUGUAACACCAAAAUACAGUUUGAAACCUCUUGUUCCCAGGCUUUCUGAGCUCCUUGGAGUUUCGGUGGUAAUGGCUAAUGAUUGUAUUGGCGAGGAAGUUGAGAAGUUGGUCGCUGGAUUGCCUGAGGGAGGUGUAUUGCUGCUUGAAAACGUGAGGUUUUACAAGGAGGAAGAGAAGAACGACCCUGAGUUUGCCAAGAAGUUGGCUUCCCUCGCGGAUCUCUAUGUUAAUGAUGCCUUUGGAACUGCUCACAGGGCCCACGCUUCCACAGAGGGUGUGGCUAAGUACUUGAAACCUUCUGUUGCUGGUUUCCUUAUGCAGAAGGAACUUGACUACCUGGUCGGAGCUGUGUCUAAUCCCAAGAGACCAUUUGCUGCCAUUGUUGGUGGUUCAAAGGUGUCAUCCAAGAUCGGUGUAAUUGAAUCCUUGUUGGAGAAGGUUAACCUUCUUUUCCUGGGUGGAGGAAUGAUCUUUACCUUCUACAAGGCACAAGGUCUCGCAGUGGGCAAAUCCCUUGUUGAAGAAGACAAGCUUGACCUUGCAACCUCGCUCCUUGAGAAGGCCAAAGCCAAAGGAGUUUCUCUUUUGCUUCCAACUGAUGUAGUGGUAGCCGAUAAGUUUGCUGCUGAUGCUGACAGCAAGGUUGUGGCAGCAUCAAGUAUCCCAGAUGGGUGGAUGGGGUUGGAUAUUGGACCUGAUUCUAUUAAGAGUUUCAGUGAAGCUUUGGACUCUACCCAAACCAUUAUUUGGAACGGACCUAUGGGAGUGUUUGAGUUCGACAAGUUUGCAGCUGGAACCGAGGCUAUUGCGAGGAAAUUGGCAGAGCUGAGUGGGAAGGGAGUUACCACCAUAAUUGGAGGAGGCGACUCUGUUGCUGCCGUUGAGAAGGUUGGGCUUGCGGAUAAGAUGAGCCACAUCUCCACUGGUGGUGGUGCCAGCUUAGAGCUCCUUGAAGGAAAGACGCUUCCUGGUGUCCUUGCUCUGGACGAUGCUUAAGCUUGAGGGAACUCAAUUCUCUCGCCGUUUUCACUGUGUUGUUAUGUAGUAAAGGUGGUUGUUUUUCAACCCUUUGAGGGUUUCUCGAGCGUGUCUCUUUUCUUUGAGAAGAGGUAGUUAUAGGAUAGAUUAUUAGAAUAAGCCUCAAAUUCAACUCUGAGCGUAUAAGAUCCACAGUAUGGGAUUGGAUCAUUUUUUUCUCAUCGAUUUGAAAUGUUGAAAUCUACUGCCUGAUAUAUUCAGUAUUCUAUCGCCUUUUUGUUCACGAA